AUGUCGUCUCAUGCAGUAGAUCAAAAAGUGAUCGAUGAGCUUGAACGUGUUCUUGUCAACAAGGAUGGAAAAAGCGAGUUACCUUUUCGCUAUCGUGCUUUGUUCAGUUUGAAUGCUUUGUCCCAAAAAGGAGACAAACGCGCUAUUGAUGCCGUGUAUAACGCUUUCGGUGAUGAAUCCGAAUUACUGAAGCAUGAAAUGGCUUAUGUUUUGGGACAAUCCGGCUUGGAAUAUGCGAUAGAGCCUUUGACAAAAAUUGUCGAAGAUCCUCACCAGCAAGUCAUGGUUCGUCAUGAAGCUGCUGAAGCAUUGGGUGCUCUUGGCUUUACUAAGAGUUUGCCAGUAUUGGAAACCUAUUACAAAAACGAUCCUUUGGCUCCUAUUCGGGAAACUUGUGAAUUGGCUAUUGCUCGCAUUCAAUGGAAGAAUGGUCUCGACAAAAACAAUGAAAAAAUUACUCCAAGCAUGUACGACAAUAUCGUGGAUCCUGCUCCUCCUAUGCCUGACACUAUUAAUGAUGUGAACAAGGAGAUUGAGAAGUUAAAAUCCGAGUUGGUUGACCAAGAUCUCCCUUUGUUUCAUCGUUACCGUGUCAUGUUUCGUUUGCGCAACAUUGGUACUAAGGAAGCCAUUGGUGCUUUAGUCAAAGGAUUUGAAGAUCCUUCUGAUUUGUUCCGUCAUGAGAUUGCUUUCGUCUUUGGUCAAAUGGUGCAUCCUCAUUCUGUUCCUGCUCUCAUUGAGGUUUUGGAAAACACUCAAGAAGUGGACAUGGUUCGACACGAGGCUGCGGAGGCAUUGGGUGGAAUUGCUACUGAAGAAUGUCUUCCUGUUUUGGAAAAGUUUUCCAAGGAUGAUGUCCGUGUUGUCGCUGAAUCCUGCGCUGUCGCCCUUGAUAUGAUGAAGCAUGAACAAUCUAAUGAUUUGGAAUAUGCUUAUAUCCCUAAAAUUCCUUCAUAA